AAAAAAAGACUACAGAUACGGGGGUACAUCGGUGAGGUUUUAAGAAGGCCGGUGUUGAGCCGGCAAAACUAGUGGAGAUGGAUCACUAUGGCGGAGGCAGCUGGACUAUGAUUUCAAACGUACAGAAUCACGGCGUCGGCGGAGGAGCCAGCAGUAACCCUUCCACACCCUCCUCCUCCAACCCUCACCACCACCACCAUCACCAGCAGCACGAUCUCUACACUAUUCAACAGCAAGCCCCGCCGCAGCAGCAAUUUUAUCAACAGCGGGUCCAGCAGCAGCAGCAGCCGCCACACCAAUCCUUAUCCUCCCACUUCCAUCUCUCGCAAUUGGUGGAGAAUUUGGCGGAAGUCACUGAAAAUGGGAGUAGGGAUCAGCAUUCAGAUGCAUUAGUCAGUACCCGUCUUUUCCCCCAAUUGGCCCCUCGUUGUUGUCUCAGUACAGUUUCCACUUUCCAUAUCCAUUCUGCUAAUAUAUCUCGGUUUCCAUUAUUAUUCCUAAAAAGGUUGCAGAAUUGACCAGUCAGUUUGACAAAUGCCAGCAGCUGCUUAAUUCCAUGUCAGGCUCUAUUAACUCAAGAUCCAUGGUAAAUUUAACUGGGACUUUUGCACAACUUUCGGACUCUUUUGAUGUUUUUUUCUGUUUUGAGUUAAGAUCCCUUACAUCUAGAUUGGCUUAUUCAAGAGCUGAACCUAUUGUAAAAUGUGCUUUUAUGUUGGAAAUCGUAUCUCAGAUCUUUUUGGUGCACUUUUGAUCCAGCAACUCUAUCUAAAUUUAUUGGUGUUCAUAUUGUUAAAUACAAACUGAAAUCCUGAUUAGUAAAAUCUGAGAGGUAACUUAUUGUGCACUCUCUCAUAGCAACUGUAUGGUCCUCAAAUGGAUGCAGAACAUCUUUUCUCCAGAUUUGAAUCGAUUACCUUGUUUGCAACAGCCUUAGCAUUUGAUUGUACUUACCUGUUGUGCAAUGUUCUUUAGACUUUGGAGGGACAGAAGUGCCAAAUGGAGGAAUGUGACCACUUAUCGAAACAGAGAAGGUGCAUUGCUCUAUAGUUCUUUUUUCAUCACUUGGUCCUCAAAUAUUUAUUCACAUCUUUUUUUUCUUUCUUUUUUUUUUUUACCUCAUGCGGGUUUUCUUUUACUCUUUUUCGAUUGCAGAGAUCUUAUUUCAAAAUAUCGUAGCUCAGUUGAAAAGCUUAUCAAUCCGGAGCUCUAACUAUGGGCAAUCUUCGUGUCCCACGGCGUGGACAGGAUGUGGUUACUAUUUUUUCCAUUAGACUUUAGGGUUGAAAAGAUCCCCAACAGUAACCAAUGCUACCAGUUUCCUGUUUGUCAACCAAGUCUCGGUCAUGGCGCCUCUGUUUUUUUUUUGUCUUUAGGGUAUAAGAACCUUAUACCAAGUGGAAAUUUCAACAAAGAGCUUCAUAUGUUUUCAUUCAUGGGUUUGUGUUUUUCUUGGACCUCUAUCUGGGCACGCUUCCACAGAAAAGAGAUUUUAUCUUGUCAAAGUUACCUUGGAUUCUCGUCUCAAAACCACUUGGCAAUGAGUGGGAUGGCCUUUGGCACUAGUUACCUUGGGCUUCUAUCUUAAAACCACUUGACAAUGAGUGGGAUGGCCUUUGGCACUUA